UCCCUCCCCCAGUGCUCCUGCCCCCCACCACAUGUCCCAAGAGCCCUUGCCACCUCCUUCCUAGCGCUGUCGUGUUGCUUCAGGAUGCGUUGUUUAGACAGGCUCCGGAGAUCCCUGCCCUUCCUCCUGCACCUACACACCUACAGAACACUAGGUGGUGCCAUGCAGCCGGAUGAGGGCACAGAGUGGCUGCUGGAGCUGUUGGCGGAGGUGCAGCUGCAGAUGUACUUCCUGCGCAUCCGCGACGACCUCAAUGUUACACGCCUGUCACACUUCGACUACGUGAAGAACGAGGACCUGGAGAAGAUCGGCAUGGGGCGGCCUGGACAGAGACGACUGUGGGAAGCGGUGAAGCGGAGGAGGAGCUUGUGCAAACGCAAGUCCUGGAUAGGGAAGGUGUUCAGCGGAAAGCGGCCCGACGGCGACUUCCAGGCCCAGCCGGCCAGCACCUUCCGCAAGGCAUCGCCACCGGCCCCCAGCGAGGGCCAGCAGCAGGCCCUCACCUGCCUGAUCAGCGACAAGGACCUGGCGCUGUUCGAGAAGCUGGGCGACGGCUCCUUCGGCGUGGUCAAGCGUGGGGAGUGGCUGGCACCCGCGGGCAAGGUGCUCAGCGUGGCGGUGAAGUGCUUGAAGACCGACGUACUGAGCCAGCCUGACGCCCUGGAUGACUUCAUCCGUGAGGUGAACGCCAUGCACUCGCUGGACCACCAGAACCUGAUCCGGCUCUACGGCGUGGUGCUCACCCACCCCAUGAAGAUGGUGACGGAGCUGGCGCCGCUGGGGUCUCUCCUGGACCGGCUCCGGAAGUCCCAGGGCCACCUGCUGCUCUCCACGCUGUGCCAGUACGCCAUCCAGAUCGCUAGCGGCAUGGCCUACCUGGAGUCGCGCCGCUUCAUCCACCGCGACCUGGCCGCCCGCAAUAUCCUGCUGGCCUCCGGCGACCUCGUCAAGAUCGGUGACUUUGGCCUCAUGAGGGCUCUGCCUAACAACGACGACCAUUACGUCAUGCAGGAGCACCGCAAGGUGCCCUUUGCCUGGUGUGCUCCUGAGAGUCUGAAGACCCGCACGUUCUCACACGCUAGCGACACCUGGAUGUUUGGCGUGACCCUGUGGGAGAUGUACACCUGUGGGCAGGAGCCUUGGCUUGGCCUCAACGGAAGUCAGAUUCUCCACAAGCUGGACAAGGAGGGCGAGCGACUGGCCCGGCCUGAGGAUUGCCCCCAGGACAUCUACAACGUCAUGCUGCAGUGCUGGGCCCAGAAGCCUGACGACCGGCCCACCUUCCUGGCUCUGCGUGAGUUCCUGGUGGAGACCCUGCCCACGGACAUGCGAGCCCUGCAGGACUUCGAUGAACCAGACAAGCUGCAGAUCCAGAUGAACGACAUCAUCACCAUCAUCGAGGCAGAGAACUACUGGUGGCGUGGGCAGAACAAACGAACCCUGAAGGUGGGCCAGUUCCCCAGGAACGCUGUGACGUCGGUGGCCGGCCUUUCAGCCCAUGACAUCAGCCGGCCGCUGAAGCACAGCUUCAUCCACACCGGCCACGGUGACACCAACCCCCACCGCUGCUGGGGCUUUCCUGACAAGAUCGACGAUCUGUACUUGGGAAACCCGAUGGACCCCCCUGACGUCUUGGGCUUCGAUCCAAACACUGCUCGGCCCACUCAGCUCCCCGGACGGGCAAAAAAGCCAUGUUAUGAUCCAGUGGCUGACGGUGAUGACUCCAACACAGUGGGCCUGAAGCGGCUCUCACUGAAGAAGCCGGUAGUCAAAGGGCUGAAGCUGAAGCCAGCUGCCUGGGUCUCGGCCUCGAAGCAGGGGGACCGGCAGGGCCAAGGGGCCCGGACUCCAGGCAGCACCUCCAGUGAGGUGUCCCUCAUAGACUUUGAGGAGGAAAUCCAUUCAGCCACGCCAUCCCCUUCCCCCGUUGUGGAGAUGCAGUUCCCUAGCUUGGCUAAGCUGACCUUGGAGGCUUAUUCCAUCCUGGAUAAGACCCCCCCACAUAGUCCCUCACGGUCUCUACCCCGGCCCCUGCACCCCACCCCGGUGGUGGACUGGGACGCACGACCGCUUCCACCACCUCCGGCCUACGACGACGUGGCCCAGGAUGAGGAGGACAUCGAGGUGAGCUCCAUCAAUGAAGAGCAGCAGGUGAGGGCGGAGCAGCAGGUGAGGGCGGAGCAGCAGGUGAGGGCGGAGCAGCAGGUGAGGGCGGAGCUGAAACUGGAGGUAGAGCAGUGGGCGGGGCAAGGACGCACACAUGUGCCAGUGGAAGCCCCACCCACCGAUUCAGAUGCAGGAAAACCACACGUGGAGGACAACCUCUUCCUCCCCUGUAGUGGGAGUCAAAGUAGCAACUUCUCUCAGUCGGCGGAGAUCUUUCAGGAGCUACAGCAGGAGUGCAUGAGGAGGUUGAAGGUGCCAGUAAGCACAGCCUCCAUGCCGUGCUCGCCAAGCCCUCCAGGUCAGGAGGGGGUGCACCGCCAGAUCUUCCUUUCAUUUUCCGAGGACAAGCCCCAGAUUCCUCCUCGGGUGCCCAUCCCGCCACGCCCUGCCAAGCGUGGCGAGCAGGGCCGCUGGUCCGGGGACCUCUCCCCAGCCUCUGGGGGCGAGGAGGAACGGGACAGGCCCCCUCAGAUCCCUCCUCGGGAUCCCCUGUCCCAGCCUGGCUCUCGCACCCCCAGCCCUAUGGGCCUCCUGGUCGGUUCUCCGCAGCAGCGCUCAAGUCUCUCCUCCUACCUCUCUACCUCCCCUAGCAAGCUCAUGCCCACAACCCAGAGCUUUGCCUCCGACCCCAAGUACGCCUCCCCCAAGGUGAUCCAGGCACAGGGCCGGGAGAUGGCCAGGGCCCCCUGCAUCCUGCCCAUCGUACGGGAUGGAAGGAAAGCCAGCAGCACUCACUACUACCUCCUCCCAGAGCGGCCCGCCUACCUGGACAGGUACGAGAAGUUCUUCCGGGAAGCGGAGGGUGUGGAGGAGCGACGAGCGGCCCACACUGCCACUGUGCGGCCCAUGGUACAACCAGCCUCGGUGGGCCCGCCGGAAGACGUCAAGGCCAAUUUCUCCUCAAACAACAACAGCGGGCUGGCUAGCAAGUCAGCCUUGAAGCCACCCUCCUGCUCAUCACGGGGAAGUGGGGACUGGCAAGCCGGAGGCCAGGAGGUGUGCAGCAACGUGGAUCGGGUCCGGCUGGUGCAGGAGGCCGUCCACGGGGUGACGGUGGGGGAGUGUCAGACGGCCCUGCAGAACCACGGCUGGAAUGUACCGAAGGCCGUGAACUAUCUGAAGGUGGAGCAGCUUUUCGGCUUGGGGCUGAAGUCCAGGGCGGAGUGUCUUAAGAUCCUGGAGACGUAUGACUGGAACCUGGAGCGGGCCAGCACCCAGUUACUGGACCCAUACAGCUCUGUGAAGCAGAGGCGUUGAUGGAAUCAAGGACCUCGCCGUUUCCCAGCAGAGUUUUUUCCCCCUCCAUGGAGUCCAGGAUCCCACUGAGGAAACUCCCUCCCCAUCUCUGUCUUCAGACCCCGAGGCUGCUGCUCUGGGCUGAUGGAUGAAACGAUGAGCAUCAACCAGCAUUAGAACUCAAACCCACUUCUGGGUCUUUUGGGUCAUUUCUGCAAGGUUUAAGGUCAACCAGUCCAGUAUUGAGUCCCUGUAAAAUACACUUUUGACAUGAAAGUGAGACUCCUCCCACAUGUUGGCCAUCAUUCUUUUAUACGGACAUUUUUUUUUUUUGUGAUUAUAUACGAGGAAAAUUUACAAAGAGAGAUAUAUAUAUGACUAUAGUAAUUUUUGAGUUUAUAUAUUUGCAUCAAAUAUUUCUCUGUUGUAUGGAUCUGGAUUGUUUGAUUGUGGAGGAUUUUGUGAAAGCUGAAAUUCACGGGGGAAAAAAUCUGUAGCACAGCUGCUCUCUGGCGCUUUAGCUCCCUUUCCUCACGCUCACUGUUGCCACCUAGUGGGCGUUCAUGAGAAGCACCGAAGUGGCAUGGUCCUCGUUUUAACGAGUCUGAAAGCACAACAAAUCCACGGCCCAGCUAGGCAGUGCAGCGAAGCAGUCGCAUCUGACCACGCCGAUGAUGUUUCCCGCAAUGUCUUUGCCAACAAGGACACAUUAUCGGGAGAAUUGUAGCAGUGUUAACUAUUUUUAAUGGUCGUGCUUUCUGGUCAGAGUUACACACAGGUUUACUCACCAGGCGGUUCAGGUUACUCAGUCUGGUGAGCUUUAUUUUAAAUGUAGAAAUUACGAGAUUAAAAACAGUUAGGUGCUAGUUUUUAGCCAGCUGGCAUUUCCAUACAAAUAGCUCUGCUGUGUGCACACAAUAAUAAACUGUAGCAUGCGAGCCGACUCCGUUGCCGUAGCAGCUGUGUGUGCGUGGACGUUGGUGUUUGUGCGCUUGCGUGUCCGCUGCCCUACAUCCCUCACCCCCCCACUAGACACGCACUGCAUUGGCUGUGUGCCAAAAUCGCAUUUGUCUUGGUGUCCUCCACCCCUGCCUCGGGUUUGGGUGGGGACACAGACACUGAGGGCGGUGGUGGUUGGGGUUAGGGGGCAUUCUCGAGGUGCUUUGUGCAAAACGCCCAUUCAGCAGGAGGUUUGUGCCCCCUGUUGGCCGACUUCCAUAUUCUGCUAACCAGUGUUCAGUACUGUAGAGACAUGUGCAGUGUAGCCCAACAACCUGUGCCGUUCCUUUGCUUAGCGUAAACUAGAUUUGAAGAGUUCAAGGUAUGUUUGUGACAUAGCCGUCCCACAGUGCAGCUUGUGGUCACCCCCCCCCCCCCCCCCCCGGUUUACCCCAGAGAAUCUGUGGUGCUAUUUGGACCCAAACAGUCUCUCCAAGUGAGCAAAAUCAUCCGUGGUUCUGUGCAUCUGACCCGGCAAGCCCAUGUCCGUCGUCCUGUCGUCUGUUUUGUUCUGGAUGUUUGUACAAGUGAAUUUCGUCUUUCUGGGUGUCGUUUGUGAGACACCUUGCUGCCGAUCUCAAAUCUGUAUUUUUUAUUAAAAAGGUACUAUUUUUUAAA